AUGCGCCGACCUUGGCGACUCUCGUCGCGGGACGCGCCGUGGAGCGUGGGGAGGGUGCUGUUAGUGGCGGCGUGGGUGGCGGGAUGGGCGGGGUUGUGCGCGUGGGUGGUGUGGUUCGCGCACAUGCAGGCCGCCAAUCCGCGCGAGGAGGCAAUGCGCGGGUGGUGCCACUUGCGCGUGCGCUACCUCUACCAGCGCCUGCUCUCGUCCGUCCCGCGCGUGCAGGUGCGCUGCCUACUACGCGACGCCUCUCUCCGUUGCCCGCGGCGCGGCGCGGCGCUUGAGAUUCUGGAAACGCUUUUCGAUCGCACAGCAGCACCGCAGCUCUUCGCUUCGACUGCCCGCGCGCCGCUGAUGGCGGCCCCAGGGCCCCUUCGGAGGGGAGACGGCGGACAGCAGGGAAGGGGGAGUGAGCGCGAUUUCACUGGCCUACAGCCUCCCUCCCGCACCCUUCCCACCUGCACCCUUCCCCACCCGCGCCCUUCCCCACCCGCGCCCUUCCCCACCCGCGCCCUUCCCACCUGCACCCUUCCCCACCCGCGCCCUUCCCCUCCCGCACCCUUCCCACCUGCACCCUUCCCCACCCGCGCCCUUCCCCACCCGCGCCCUUCCCACCCUCGCCCUUCCCAACCAUGCCAUCGCCCCUCCCACCUCUGCGCAUCUCCCUUGCUGACUACGAUGUGUGCUGCGUGCAUG